AUGUCUGGUCGUGGUAAAGGUGGCAAAGGACUUGGAAAAGGCGGAGCAAAGCGUCAUCGUAAAAUCCUUCGGGAUAACAUUCAAGGAAUUACCAAACCGGCAAUUCGUCGUCUGGCUCGUCGAGGUGGUGUCAAACGUAUCUCUGGAUUGAUUUACGAAGAAACCCGUGGCGUAUUAAAAGUGUUUCUUGAGAAUGUUAUUCGUGAUGCUGUCACUUACACUGAACAUGCUAAACGCAAGACCGUAACGUCACUGGAUUAUACGCACUCAAACGCCAAGGCAGAACUCUCUACGGUUUCGGUGGAUAAGAAAACAACCUUAACCAAUCAACUAGCAUCAAUUUAUAUUAGUAAUUUGGGUUUUAUAGAAGAAUUGGGUGGGAAACAAACAUCAAGCGAACAUUUGAUAAUUGUUAGGGUCGAAAUAAUGAAUAGGAAAGACUCUUUAUUUGAACAAAAUCAACAACUAUAUCUUGUUCAGCAAUUAAGCGGCGAUGUAAAAGAAAUUGAGGAGAGAAAUAAGGGAGACGAGAAGGAUGAUAAUGCCACGGUUGGAGGUCGUUUCGGAGCUGUGUCAGGGACGCCUAACAAGAAACAGACAAUUCGAAAAUUAGCCGCAGACAUGGAGGAUUUUAUGACGAUAGAAAGAUGUAACCCUCGGAACUGGCAGAGCUCUCUUGUAAAGAAUUGUCCUUGUGAAGCACAUUGGAUCCGUGAGAAUCUUCGAGUUGGCUGUGUCACAGAAUCCUUAAUCAAACACACCGCCAAGAGAUUCAAACAAGAAAAUAUGCCUUGGAAGUACGAUCCUGUUGCCAUUAGUGACAGUUAA